AGAGAAGAUGCGCGGCGGUUUACAGAUUCCUACUGACCAGGAUUCUUCAGUUCCGGAAGUUGGUGAUGUUGUAGCUUCCGAGGGUGGUCCUUGUGAACAGGGCUACACUUUGACGGACACUUUGGUUAGAUUUGCUGGAGAAUGCAUCCAGGCUAAUUUGAGUCAUAUUAUUUAUGGAGACGGAACAGUUAAGGCCCGGUGUACAGACACCUGCAGUGGGGAGGUGUUGUUGAGCAUAGGCUGUACUGUGUUGAUUGGGUCAACUUGCUGGGUGGUUGGAAAGUGUGUUUUAAGGAGAUUUGGUAUUCUGAAAGCUAGUACUUCGGAGCGCCUAGAUGUAGCUACCGGAGAGCGAAGUUUGUCAGUCAUAUCUGCUGGUUACAACAAUUUACUUCCUGCUACCCCUCCGAAGUAUUCAGUGUAUGAGCGACCGGACAUAUGCAGUGUCGGAACCCAGACUCGUUUGCGCUUUGAGGAUAGAAUUGCUAUCAGUACGCAGACUGACGUUUUCGAGGAGGACACCGUGAGUCGUGGUUUAAAUCAGUUAUAUAACGAUACUGAGCAUGUCCUGAAGGAGCGGUAUGGCGACGUAAACGGGGAGGAAGUGCUGAAAAGUUUACAGGAUGCCAUGAAUUUUUUGUUUCAACCGGAGGAUAGUCGUCCUGAUAGCGGAUUUGAGGACCGCACUGGACGGUGCAAUAUUUUUACCCCCGAGCCCCCGAGCGACCCUGUUGUUGAUCCAGUUGGCGAUUCUGUGGAUGUAUCUGGGGCGCCCGUGUAUUAUAACGAGAUAAGUGGGACCUCAACUGACGGAGCCGGUGGGUUGUUAGCUUGUAAGGCGGAGCCCGGCAAUGGCAGCCGACCAUACAUGGAUCUAGGAAAACCCUUGACGAACUUCAGUCAUCCAUUGAGAUCGUCAUGA